CUCUGACAGUAAAAGAACCGCGCGUUUGUCGCUGGAGACAGCUAAGUUUAUAUGUAUUGAUGAGUCCCGUGAUUUUAAUCCUUUGCGAAGUCUGAACGUCGUCUCUCUUUUCUCUUUUCCUUAAGCGGUGUUUUUGCAUCUGGUUAUCGACCCGUUACUUCCCUCUCUUCUACAACACUCGGAGAUGCUGGGCAGUCUCGAGUGCAAUGUUAUCCCUGACUCGGUCCCAAGCGAUGCCGGCAUCGCAGGGGCAGGUGUUCUGCUCUCAUCGACCAUUACAGCCGGCCUAGCGCUGGCAUUAUCAGCCAGCCUGGUGCUGCAAGGCUUCCGGCCCUUGCGAUCGGCCCGCAACCCGAAUCCUUCGGUGAUACGACGAAAACUCCUGAACGGCUACUCGGACCAGCAGAUCAUGGUGGGCAUUGGCUUGCAGGGCGUGGGACUCGCAAAGUCGCACUCGCUGGUUCCGUACCACUUCUUCCUUGUCUGGAUGAUGGCCCUCCUGUCCACGGCGACACACAAUGCCGCUCUGCUGGCCUUGGUGGGGGACUUCAAGCGGGAUUUUGUUCUCAGAUGGCUCCGGCAGUUCCUGAUGUUCGUCAACCUUGCGCUCUCGAUCGUCUACGGCGUGUAUAUCUUGCAGAGCAAGAUCAACGGCUUGCCAAACACUCUUCCCAUCGGCUGCGUCUGGACGCUGAAACCGGAGACUCCCAAUGUCGGCGGAAUUGACUAUUUCGGGACCAUUAUAGUCAUUGCCGGCAACUUGAUUGUCUUUGGUCUGGCGACGUGGUAUCUACAGAGCCGCGGGCAGUGCAACCCGAAGAUUUACAAGGGUGUCCAACUUGGAGGUGUGGUUCUGAUGUCUGGUGUCGCUAUUGGAGCCACCACUCGUGCCUAUCUGCUUUCCCAGGCGUUUGGCAAUCCCGAUGUCAAACUUAGCGACGAUGGGGAGAAGCAAUGGAGCUUUGGGCAACUGCUCUCCAUGCUUAUGCUCCUCCUGCCCCUAAUCUCUGUCAUUGAAAUUAUGAGAGGCGACAUUUCUGUGGCACCCCCUGUUCAUCAAGAGGACGAUAAACAGGCCUUGUUUGACGGAGAGUUGUCGGAUAACCCGCAGACGAGCAGUGUACAUAGAUAGUAGCAGUUUUAAACUUGAAGUAAUGGUAAUAGAUGACGCCUAUGGAGUCCACG